GGCUGCCCCUGCCCUUAGUACCUACACCCCAGAAGAGAUGGUACGACAGAUGAAAGAACUGAUCACUGAGAACAAUGAGUUAAAAGAAGCCAUGAAGUUGCAUAACCAAGCUAUGAAGGACCGAUAUGAGGAACUUUCCAUCUGGCGAGAGAAGCAGAAAGAAGAACGGGAAUUUUACGAGUUAAAGUUUAAGGAGGCUAAGCAGUGCUUGCUAGCCAAGUGCAUUGAAAAUGAACAGCUACAGCAACAACUUCAGAGCUUAAAGGGAAAAGAAGAAGGAGCUGAAAUGGAGGGCUGCACAGCUCCGGAGAAGGAAGUGAGGCAGCUGAAAUCCCAGGUGCAGCGGCUCCAGGCUGAGAAGGCAGAUCUGUUAGCCAUCAUUUCGGAACUGCAGAUCAAACUGAACAUCUCGGCAGAGGAUUCCUUUGUGGAGAUUGGGAUGAAUGAAGGAGAAAUAAAUAGAACUGCGAAGGAACAUCAAGAGGAUAGUGGUGAAAUGACCAGUAACGUUGCUAUCUACGUGAGCAAAUCUGCAGAUGAAUCGAAGAAUUUGGAGUCUGAGGAGCUAACCGUGAGCCAGCUGCUCUGCUGCCUUAGAAAUGAAACUCAGAGGAGGGAAAAACUCGAGAAGGAACUGGAGGAUCACAGAGAGAGACUGUCAAAACUGGAGAAGUUAACCAGCAACUGCCUGGAGAGUGGGACACAAACUGAACAGAAAGAAGAGGAGAGUUCAGAGGCUGUUGGCAGUGAAGUAGAAACCCUGAAUUUGCAAGUCUGUGCUCUGUUUAAAGAGCUUCAGGAAGCCCAUGAGAAGUUAAAAGAAGCAGAAUUGAUUCAGAAGAAGCUUCAAGAAAAGUGCCAAGUACUGGAAAGAAAAAGCUCAGCUGCUGCAUCAGAAUUGGAGGAGAAGCAGCAGCUAAUAUACAGCAUCAAGAAGCUGGAACUUCAGGUGGAGAGCAUGCAGGCAGAGGUCAAGCUGGAACAAGCCAAGACACAUGAAGAAAAGGCAAGAUUUAGUAGCUUGCAGGAUGCAUACAGCAAACUCCUUCCUGAACUCUCUGAGGCAAUGAAAACAAUCGAUGAGAUGAAACUCAAAGAGCUGGACAGAGUGGAUAAAGCUGUGGUGGAACAACUGAAUGCAAAGGUGGAGUCAGCAGAACAAGCCCUUGCUGCAAAACAACUCCAGAUAGACGAAAUGAAGCAGUUAAUUGCUAAGCAAGAGGAAGACCUUGAAACCAUGGCUGUGCUCCGUGCGCAGAUGGAGGUUUAUUGUUCUGACUUCCAUGCUGAGAGGGCAGCAAGAGAGAAGAUCCAUGAGGAGAAGGAGCAGUUGGCUGUCCAGCUGGCAUACCUGCUAAAAGACCAGCAAAACCUUGAAGAUCUUGGCCGAAACUCUUUGGCGGAGAUGCAGAAUCGCCACGGAGCCAGGGCACCAGAACGGGAACACUCUCCUCGCCUUGUCCAAAGAGGAACUGGUAGUCAAGACUGGCCAGAGCAGCGGAAUAUCUCAAUAUAUUCAUGUCCCAAAUGUGAAGAAAUUCUACCUGAUUUGGACACACUUCAGAUUCACGUUAUGGACUGCAUUAAUUGAGUGAUGCCCUCCAAUUCUUCAUCUUCUGGAAUUUCACCUGCCAAACACAUUUUUUUUCUUCCUGUUCAACUCUACAUCCCUUGAAGGAGGCUUUCAGGGUUUUUCUCAUUAAUUCAGUGGGAAAGGGGUAAAACUCCUACCCUGCCCUGUACUCACUAAUCUUGUUUUAAUCUGCUUUAGGAGAAGAAUUUUAUAGGUCAACAACACAGAUGUGUUAAAGAACUCCCAGUGUGUCUGCUGCUAUGAAAUCUUUACGGAACAUUCCCCUGAUGUGCUCUGCUGUUAUGGCUAGCCUGCAGAACGGGGCUGAAUCACUGAAAUCAGAAGGGAGAUGGGAUAUACGCUGAUCAAUUAAAGUACUGUGAGGCUGUAAAUACUUCAUCUCUCAUAUAACUAUAUAUCAGGAAACAAAUACAUUAUAAAAGCUGUUUGAGAAGGUUCCAGCAAAACAGAGUAGUGCUGUAUUCAUCGAGCAUUUGAAAUGAACCCUGCUCUUUCUCCAGAUGGCAGUUUUAUUGCUGCCCUUGUGACCAUACUAAUCUGAUGUUAAAUUUUUGAUGGCUUAUGUAACUUCUUGCUUUAGCCAGAUGUGGGUAAGGUUUAAAACAGAUCAUUUAGGUCUGAUACAUGUAGCUCCUGGUGUACCUAAGUCAAUUGGUUUUAUAGAACUGUUCAUUUUUAAGGUGUUGUGUUGAUUCCUCUUUAUAAAUUCAUUUGAAUCUGUACAGUAUUGUUCUAGAAAGAGCUGAGAUGGAUGUAGCCUAAUUUAAAGAGAAGGGGAUAAUGGAUUUGCACAUCUCAAAAUAAAUCUA